AUGAUUAGAUCCAUUUCUCAAGUCAAUAAUUACUUUUAUCUAAUCUCAAACAAUGAAGAGUUAUGAAAAUUUUAUUAUUUAAAAGAUUUUGGGAAUAUAAAUUCUAAUGAAACCCAUUAUAAGAACCAAUAUAUUGCUCUUGCUGCAAAAUGCUGUUUUUGGCUCCAUAAAAUCGCAGAUGAAAAUAAUCAUCUUCUAUCAAUUUGCCCAAGAUGCGGAAUUUCUGAAAUUAAUCCUCAAGCUUUGAAAUUGAAAUUUAAUAUUUGGGAUCGUCUCUCAAAAAAGAAAUAUCAAAAUAAGUUAAACCCGGCAAUUGAAAAAUUUAAUAUGAAGAAGAGAAAUUUAAUAAGAAUGAUUCAAAAAAAGUUUAAGGAUUAUAGUCUAGCUAAUUUUGCUGGAAAAGGGAAGUGUGAAGAAUUUAUUGAUCUAGAUUCUGUAUAUUCUUUACUAGAAAUCGAAUCAUCAUUUAGUUUCAGAGAAAUAGAAAUAAGAAUACUUAUUAUUGGAGACACUGGGCUGGAGAUAAUUCUAUUUCAGUCAAUAUUCUGGUAA